GAAGGUGAAAUAAGCCUCUCCUCUUCCCCGUUCUUCUCCACCAAAGGCACGGUCUUUGCCACUUCAGCUAAAGGAUUCAUUCCCUUAGCGAACAGCAGUUGUAGGCUCCUCUCUUUUACAUGGAUCAGCUACUAGAGGAGGACGCCAUGCAAUUAGCCAUUGUGCUACAUCUAGUCUCUGCUAAAGGGCCAAUAUCCAGAAACAUCCGGAUUGAAUUCAUGGCCUUGUUCUCAUGUUUGACAGACUUCAGGUUACAAAGAGGCUAGUGGAAACAGUGAUCACAUGGAAAAUAUUUAUGGUUAUUUAAUGAAAUACACCAAUCUUGUCACUGGCUGGCAAUAUCGGUUUUUUGUUUUAAACAAUGAAGUUGGCUUCCUGGAGUAUUUUGUGAAUGAGCAGUCUAGAAAUCAGAAGCCCAGAGGUACCUUACAGCUAGCUGGAGCUGUAAUUUCACCCAGCGAUGAAGACUGUCAUACCUUCACAGUUAAUGCUGCCAGUGGAGAGCAGUAUAAGCUAAGAGCCGCCGACGCAAAAGAACGGCAGCAUUGGGUUAGCAGACUCCAGAUAUGCACGCAGCAUCACACGGAAGCAAUUGGGAAGAACAAUCCUCCUCUGAAAUCUCGCAGCUUCUCCCUUGCAUCCCAAGGAAGUGGCAACUCUCCUGGUGCUCAGAGAAGGCCCAGCCAAAAUGCAGCUUCUUUUUUUAAUGUUGGACAUCACAAAUUGUCAACAGGAAAAAGAGUUCUUAUUAUGCAACCAGACCACCUACUGGACGUUAGAGAGAUGAUGUUCCAGGCGGAGAGCCAGCAGAGAGACUUAAUCAGAAGCAUAGAAUGCCUCCCUGUCUCUGGUCACCUCACCUCCUUGGAUCAAGACCUCCUGAUGCUCAAAGCAACUUCCAUGGCAACUAUGAACUGCUUAAACGAUUGCUUCCAUAUUCUCCAGCUACAGCAUGCUUCACAGCAAAAGGGAUCCUUACCAGCAGGGACAACAAUAAAUUGGUUGGAACCAAAGGUAUCGGUGUCAAACCACUUCAAAAAUGGAGCGGCUCCGAAUUUCUCAGAGGAACUAAACAAGCCAGUGUCUACCAGAGAGGAGCAGCCCAUUUCAGAGCCCUGCCAGCUAACCAGGGAACCAGAAGAAAUAAACCCAGAUGAAGAGCUGGAGGAUACGUGUGACAAUAAAGAGGACGACCUUGGAGCAGUGGAAGAGCAGCGCAGUGUGAUCUUGCAUCUCUUGUCUCAGUUGAAACUUGGCAUGGAUUUAACAAGAGUGGUCCUUCCUACUUUUAUUCUAGAGAAACGUUCUUUGCUGGAGAUGUAUGCAGAUUUCAUGUCCCAUCCAGACCUCUUCGUCGCAAUCACAAAUGGAGUUACUGCUGAGGAGAGGAUGAUCCGCUUUGUUGAAUAUUAUCUCACUUCAUUUUACGAAGGUCGCAAGGGAGCUAUCGCUAAGAAACCCUACAAUCCCAUCAUCGGCGAAACAUUCCACUGCUCCUGGAGGCUGGCAAAGGACAACGUAGUAUCCAACACCAAUAGUGACUCUUCAUCCCAUUCGCCUACUGAGCAAGCAGGUCUUUCAAAAGAGCUGGAUGGCCAACUGGAACCGGACUACUACACAGUCAGAUUUGUAGCUGAGCAAGUCUCCCAUCAUCCUCCUGUCUCAGGGUUUUAUGCUGAAUGCGUAGAGAGGAAGAUGUGUGUCAAUGCUCAUGUCUGGACAAAAAGUAAAUUCUUAGGAAUGUCGAUAGGAGUAACGAUGGUUGGUGAAGGUCUCUUAAGUCUCCUGGAACAUGGAGAGGAGUACACGUUUUCUCUACCUUGCGCAUACGCUCGAUCAAUUUUAACAGUUCCUUGGGUAGAAUUGGGAGGAAAGGUCAAUAUUAACUGUGCGAAGACAGGGUAUUCUGCAAGCAUUACUUUCCAUACCAAACCGUUCUACGGCGGCAAACUUCAUCGAGUCACUGGGGAAGUAAAGCAAAAUGCCACCAACACGGUGGUCUGCAGAGUGCAAGGCGAAUGGAACAGCCUGCUGGAAUUCACCUACGGCAACGGCGAGAUCAAAUAUGUGGACUUGACGAAGCUGUCGGUGACAAGGAAGCGAGUCCGGCCCCUGGAGAAGCAAGGGCCAUUUGAGUCGAGGCGACUAUGGCAACAUGUAACGGAGUCUCUGAGGGAUGGAGACAUCGAUAAAGCAACAGAGCAUAAGCGAGCCCUAGAGGAACGGCAGAGAAAUGAAGAGAGAAUUCGUGUGGAAACAGAAACUCCGUGGUGCACUAAGUACUUUCUUAAAGAAGGAGAUGGCUGGAUUUAUUACAAACCCCUUUGGAAAAGUGGCCCUGCCAUCCAAACUCAGCAAAUGGACUAGAUCAGACUCUUCAAGAUGAGUUUUCCUGUAUCUAAGGUUUCUCUCCUUCUCAAACCACAGUAAUUACACACUGAGUGUCCUGCUUUUUAUAAUUGCACAAAUUCAAGUGAACGGAAAGGAAUAAAAAUGCUAGGGCACUUUAAAGUUACGAACCCCCACCCCCCCCACCCCAGUGGUGUGAAGACAUACCUGCCAGAUAUGAUCACCAACUUGUUUUUGUCUGAUCCAAAAGAUUUUAUCUGAAUUACAUAACAUGUUCUUUUAAGUAGGUCCUAUUGCAAAAGCUGCCUAAGAUUACAAACCAUCUGAUCUUCUCAACAGCAGAAGCAGGUGCAGUGUUGUUGCCCCAGUGGCUUCACUAUGGAGUGACAUUAUGAACCUUUCUUUCUGAGUCCGUGCAUCAAGCUCUGUUUUAAUAACUGAGAUACUUAGUACCCAGGUAGACACCCACCCACGCGCAUGCAAUUUUUGCUGCUUGUCUGUCCAGUAAUUAACCUUCCGGGUGAAAACUGGAGAAGUGUUCAGAAGUUGUGCCUGGAAUCAGUGUUAAGAAUCAACGGGAUCAUGACGAGACCUGCUUUCCUUCAGAAUGUGUGCAUGCCGCGGAGGAACAGGGAAUCGAGAUAGAGACUACCUUUCUUUCUUUCUUUUUUUUUAAGGAUUUAUAAAAUUGGUUAGAAAUGUAACCAUGGAGACAUUUUUUUCCUCUGAAGCAUUUUAAUAUACUUGAAAGAAAAUAGACUUGAUUUGGAGAAGUAAUUCAGACACUUUUCAGCUCCUAAUUCUAUUAAAUCUUUCUGCAGUGACUAUUUAAGAUUUACACACAUUGUAAUUUAAUGAGAUUUGACCCUUUUUUUUCCCACCCCCCCACCCCCCCCCCAAGGACUAAGGUUUUCAAAUGGAACAGGAAAUGUAACUGUUGUGUUCAUUUCCUCAUCUCUGUCCGUGUGACCAUCUCGGAGGUGACGUCCCAGUGUUACAUGCUGUCUGUUAGAUUCGUCUGAUCGGUCUCCUCUGUAUAGUAGUCGAAACAAAGCAAAGCCGUUGAGUGUGAGCAGUGGACGUACGGACUCCGGUUUUGGUUUUCCAUAAGUUCAUGAUAAAGGUUAUUGUGCUGGAGACUGGGUAUAAAAUUAAAACACAAUCAGAUAUCAGGAAACUGUAUUCAGGUACAAACAUCCUUCGUUUUUUAUAAGUAUUUUAUUGAAGUCUAAGAAUUGCUGGCAAUUAAGAAUAGUACUGAUUAUGGCUUUCGUUAUUGUUGGUACUACAAGCUACCUUAAUUUUCCAAGAGUGGUGCCUUACUCUGUUUUUUCUUCUGAUGUAGUCUUCCAAUCAGUGUAUAUAACAUUAUCUGUCACUUAUGGCUGGAUGCCUAUUCCAUCAUCAUGGGAACUCAUAACUGUGUGAUCUGGUAAGAAGGUGUUUUCCAGUGAAGGGAUCAGAAUGUAAGAAUGCAUCAGAGGGUUUCCGUAACCAUGUUAACUUUCCACAGAAAUUGUAAAUUGUGCAAAAAAGAGAAAAAAAAAAAGUUUGGGUUCAUGCACAACUAUUUUGAUUCUCUUGUACAUUUUGCUGUGAAAUGCACUGAGAUCUCAAUACGAGUCCAUGUGUGAGAAGUGGGGGAAGAAUAAAAUACCAAAAUGAUGACCUUG